ACCUCGUGAACGUUGGUGUCGGACGAUGUAAGAAGUGGUUUGCGAACAAGCACAGGGCGUGUCUGGCCAAACUGGUGGUCCCCCUCUUCAACCAUCUCUUCUGCCUCCCCAUGACAUUCAGCUUCCUCUGUAACAUCAUGAGGGUGAUGACUCCAUGGUGUAAGGAGCGAAUUCCAGUCGAUAAGAAUUUCGGACAGCUCUACGACAAGGUCAAUGGCUCCGUGGAAAACCUCAACAAAGAGUUCACGGCCGAAAUGGCCAUCAGUAAAAUGGAGCAGCAGUCCAUUGUCGGUGCUAACAUCACACAAGCGGAGGUGACUGAAACCGUCCGGGAGGAGAUAUUGAAGAAGAAGACCGUCUUGGACAAAGUGGUUCUCAUUUUCAAGCUGCUGGCUUCCCUCUCCUUCCUCAUCCUCUUCAUCACAUCCUUCCUGUACACCCUCAACUACAACAGGGACAUCCGCUAUGACAACAUUUACGUCUGUACCUACCUUCGGCAGCUCGACGCGAGGAGGCGAAAGGCGGACAGAAGAUACAUCCUGCCACUGAAGAAAGCAGAGAGAGCAGAUGUGAUUUUCCCCUGGCAACUCAAGGUUCACUCAACUGAAAUGAAAACUCUGAUCCUGGAGUUGAUCCAGAACGUUGCGAUCAUCCUGGUGAUCCUAGCACUGUUCACACUGGACUGGCUCCUCUUCACAAUGUUGGACAUUAUCAGGCGGCACAGUUUUCUGGAAUAUUCCUUCAGCGAGAGUCAUCACCUGGAGAUCAAUGUGGGAGGGACCUCGAUGUUAGCCAAUCUGAUUCGUCGGGCGGUCUCGGCUUUCAACACCACCAUGGACGUCAAGAUAGAGUCCAACAAUCUGCACUGCCUCCCUGUUCCUCACAAGAUGACCAAGCAAUCGAUCAUCCUGACCGUGGUGCCCGUCGUUGGCCUGGUCAGCUUUUGUUUCCUGCAAGUCUACAGCUACCGACUACGGCGGGUCAUCGCUGGGCUCUGCUUCCCAAAGCGAGAGAAGAAGAGGGUGCUCUUCCUCUACAACGAAUACCUGCGGAAACGGAUCAGCUACGCAGAGACCCAACGCAAAAAAAUUCUCAUCCAGGCACGCAACAAACAACUCUGGCAACUCCGUGGAGUGGCUGGAGUGAUCCACAAGCUGAUGCCCUGUGUGCGGCGGUUCGUGCGGAAGCGAUGUGUGGUGUGCAGCGAGGGCCCCACUGAAACCUCGUAUCAUUGCCCCAAUGUGGGCUGUGGGGCCAUGUACUGCCACCUCUGCUGGAGGGACAUCAGGAAGUUUUGCUUUCACUGUCUACCCUUUGAGGAGUUCGUAUCGGAGGGCAGCGACCUGGAGAACAGCCCCAAUUACGGGCAGUGAGGCCUGGCCAACCGGGAUUCAUUUACCCACCCCACUCUCCCUCCCCUACCCCCCCCCCCCCCCCCCCCCGCUAAUCUCCCACACCAUACCCCAUCCAGCUCCUCAUCAAAUCUCCCACAUCCCGAGAGCCGGAGACUCUAAUCUAUCAGUGCAGCCUCUCCCUCGCUUUCAUCAACACACACUCACUCCAACUAUCCACCCCUACACCCCCUCCCCAUCUCUGUCACCCCCUACACCCCCUCCCUAUCUCUGUCACCCCCUUCAGCUCCCUACACCCCCUCCCUAUCUCUGUCACCCCUCCAGCCCCUACACCCCCUCCCUAUCUCUGUCACCCCUCCAGCCCCUACACCCCCUCCCUAUCUCUGUCACCACCUCCAGCCCCUACACCCCCUCCCUAUCUCUGUCACCCCUCCAGCCCCUACACCCCCUCCCUAUCUCUGUCACCCCCUUCAGCUCCCUACACCCCCUCCCUAUCUCUGUCACCCCCUCCAGCCCCUACA